UGGUUCUUGUGAUCUGACAGCAGUUUUGUAGGUUAAACAGAAUUAUCUGUGUUUUAUGAACAUGUUUGUCCUAAACGUUUUAUCCAGGACGCGAUAUUUCACAAGAAACAAUCAGAUAUUUAGACAGAUCCAUUGUUGCAGCGUUUAUCUUCCCAACAGCUCAAACCAGCCGUGUUUAUCUACUUUAGUUUAUACCAGGGAACACCAGAGGACCUUCCUCAGAUCUCACAACAACAAGGUUUUACCUUACACGUACAGACGAUGGUGUUCCUCCACACCGAAAAGCACAAAUGACGGAGUCCUGAUCUACUCGGGCAACCUGGGCAAAGCCGUGCUGGGUGUGAAGUUCUUCUCCUACUCCAGCAGCAUGUUCAGUCUGUGCCUGAUGCCCUACAUCCUCACCAAGACGGGCCUGGGCGUGAGCAGCCUGGCUCUGAAGGUGGCGUUCUGCGGCUUCAUCGGCUUCUUCACCUUCCUCACGCCGGUCCUCCUCCACCUGGUGACCAAAGGCUACGUGGUGCGCCUGUAUCACAACAGAGAGACCGACGUGUACACGGCCGUCACGUACAACGCUCUGCUGGUGGAGAAGAAGACCGCGUUCCACCAGAGCGACGUGAAGGUCCCGGACGCCAGCCGCAUGUUCACCAGCUUCUACGCCAAGAAGCGCUCCAUGCUGGUGAACCCGGAGCUGUUCCAGAUACCGCACGAUUACAAUCACCUGAUGGGCUACGAUCGGCCGUUCUCCUUCGAUCUGGACGAGAUUAAUAAAUCUGAUCGAAGUUAGCUGCUCUGUUGUGUGUGAUUGUGUUCAGUAGUUUGGUCUGAUUUGUCAGUGACGGUCACGUUCUGUAAGUGUUUAGCAUUGAGAAAGGCAGAGUGAUACCAGAUUUUGUCGAAAGGUCCAAUUGUUCUAUUCAAAAUGCAGGAAUAUAUGGUCUUAUACAUGCUCCAAUAUUUUGAAAGCUCUGAUAUUUCACUGCGUAUUUUUUAUAAUAUUAAA